ACAAGUCAACUGCACAGCAAGACAUUCGUCACCGGCCGCGCAGCAUAAACGUUAGGUGGGUUCUGCCUCGGUUUACAUAUAGAUUACAGUACUAUCACAUCUCCAACUCGAUGGGAUUUCCAUCUCGCUUCCAUCCUUCUGCUUUCAAUAUCAGCCAGGUAUCCCGUACCGUUCACAUCCAUGGCCUACACUCAUCAAGACUCCCCUCCAGAUGCUCCUGACCCAACAACACUCCCUCCACUCUCCCUCCCACCAGGCGUGACAUCACGCUUCAUCGACACCACUCCCCACAGCCUGGUCUUUCACAUCCUCGAGUCCCUGCCCUCCAACCUUAGUCCCAACAGCAAACCACCCCUGAUCCUCUUGUGCCAUGGCUUUCCCGAGAUCGCAUACUCCUGGCGUAAGAUCCUCCCGCUGCUCUCAGCGCAAGGCUAUCACGCCGUUGCAUUCGACCAGCGAGGCUUCGGGCGAACACAUUCCCGGCGCCCCCUAACCUCUACAUCAUUCGGCCCCGUCACUCUAAUCCGUGACGCCGUCACCCUCGUCCACGCACUAGGCUACGACACGGUAAAAUGCAUCGUGGGCCACGACUUUGGCGCCGUCACCGCGACAUUCUGCUCACUCGCGCGCCCUGACCUGUUCCGCCGUCUGGUGCUGAUGUCUCAUCCGACCAAGGGCCCGCCAAGCCUGCCGUUCAACAUCUCGCCAUCGUACGGGGCGCCAUCGCCUCCACCCGCAGCUCAGCCAGACGUGCAAAAGGCACUCGCUGAGCUCGACCGGCCAAGGAAGCAUUAUAAAUGGUACUACUGCACUGCUCCGUCGAACGAGGAAAUGACUUAUCCCACCGGGCAACCUCUACACGAGUUUUUCCGGGGCUAUUUCCACCUCAAGUCUGGUGACUGGGACGGUAACAGUCCGCACGCCCUCACAGGCUGGACGGCAAGUGAAUUGGCCAAGAUGCCAAGGUACUAUAUCAUGGACAAGGACGAUGAUAUGCGUCGAGCUAUCGCUCGGGACAUGGCCAAUGAAGAUACGAAAAUUGUCGCAGAGCGGUCACGUCGUUGGCUUCCUGACAACGAGUUGGCCGUUUACGCCGGCGAGUACGGCAGGACGAGUUUUCAAGGCGGUCUUAAUUGGUACCGCAUUCAGACCCAGCCUGAAAUAGCUGGGGAGAUGGAAAUCUGGAGCGGCGCCAAAAUAAGCGUGCCCACGGUCUUCGUCGCUGGCAAACGGGAUUGGGGGACGUUCCAGGAGCCUGGGGCAGUGGAGGCGAUGGAGCAAUCGAAGAGCGUAAAGAGCGGGAUGUACAAGGGAACUGUGCUCGUGGAGGGAGCAGGGCAUUGGGUCAAUCAGGAACAGCCGGAACGGUGUGUAGAGGAGGUGUUGAAACUUAUUGGGGGCACCCCGGAAGCAGGCUGAUUUAAGCCGUAGUAUAAGGGUCAGUAAGACCAGGAAGGCGGUGCCUGAGAUCUGACGACUAGGAGCUUCAGCCUCGUCAAGCUGAGUAAGGAGCGGAUUGCUGGACCGCCAUUUUAUGUGCUUUAUGAAAGUGUACGUACGUCAAAAUGAAGAAGGGGAUGGACCUCCCUCACCCGCU